GUGCGUCAUAUUUUAAAAUUGCAAAAACAAUGUUCGGGGGUGCGGGGGUGGUAGAAGGAGUUUAGGCAGCACUGGAAGGUGAGCCUGGAGUUAAGCGGAGUGUUUUUUGUUGCGCUGUUUAUAGCCCAUGUCGUGCGCAAUUUAUGUUAAUCACAGCCAGAGUUUGCCGCAAGACCUCCCCUCCCCCCGCCAGCAGAGAGAGGAAGCGGUGUCGGUGCUGCCUCUAUCUCUCUCUCCUUCUGUCUCUUUCAUGACCAGUCCACACCUCCAAAGCCACCCACAUCCCCGCUUUUGCCGUGUGUAGGCCUACAACAAAAUAACGAAAAACAAUUUUUUUCGGUGCCUUGCACAAAGGCAACGACGUGGCAGCAACAAUUUUAAUGCCGUUGUUGCCGAUGCCGUGGUUUACUGUGAUUCGCAAUUUUGCCACAGCCCCAGGCACAGGCCGGAGUCGGAGUCAGAGCCGGAGCCAGAGCCAGAGGCACCCACCAUUGUCGUCCAAGCUCGACGGAGAGUCGGUCCGCAGUUGCUCUGAGAGCGAGCCUCAGGCUGGCAGCCAAGUUGUCCCGUUACUUACGGAGACUGCAGCAGACAGCAGAGCCAGGCAGAGAAGAAAGAGAGUCCAUCCAUUCUGCUGGACAAGUGCGGGAGCGCGUGUUUGUCCCGUUGUUCGUACAUUCUUUUGUAUUAUCUGUGUGUGUGAGUGCGCGUAUUGUUUCGUGCCUCAAGUGCCCGCUGAGUCAGCGUUUUUUUUUUGUACCACAUGGCGGAUGAGACAAUAACAGUUACAACAGCAGCGGCAGAGGCAUCAUCCUUCAGCUGCCUGCUGCGUACAUUGAGCGCAGCUUCAAUAAGUCGCCGUCGUCGGCAUCUAAUCAAGCCGACAUAUCAGCCCUUCAGCCAGCCCAAUCUUCAUCCUCGCCAGGCAGCGACAGAGAUCUCCAGCGAGUGCUGCUACAGCAGUAGCUGCAGCGACGAGGAGGAGGAUGAUACCAACAACAAUGACACACACUCUCACACACACGAGACGUCGGCAGAGCGACAGCGGCAGCAGUCCGUCGUUGUCGCCGACGAGGACAGCGUUAAUGUCAAUUUGGUGAGAGCAAACUUCAAAUGCAAUGACAUGGAAUGCUCCCUCGUCCUGGGGGACUAUGUGAAUGCUGUAAAAAAAGGCACACACACACGUACACGUACAGCGUUUUGAACGCUGCCAAAAUGUGGCAAGCGAGCAUUUUUAAUUGCAAUUUGUUAAUUUCUACCACAAGCGACAACAGCCACAAUGGGGCAGGGGCAGGGGAGGCAUCAGCCGAA